AUGGGAAGGCCUUUGUCAGUUUGGGAACAAACUUGGGCUUAUUUGUCUGAUGAUAUUCUUUAUCGCAGAAGGCAUGAGCUGCAAUAUCCUGAUCUAACGAUGAGUCAGGAUGAGUUGCAAACAUUUUUUUUGUUUGAGAUUGAGAAACUAUUGCAGAGUAAUGGAAAAUCAUUGAGAAAUUAUGCUGGCAUGUCGGUUCUUAAUAACUGUUUAGUCUCUCAAUUUAGCAACUUGAUGCUGCUGCGUGAGUUGCAAUAUGACACUGUUUCUUUGACUCGUGAGCAUGAUGCAAAUGUCUUAAAGUUAAAUGAAGAACAGAGGGUGGUCUAUGAUAAAAUUAUUGAUUGCGUCUCAAAUAAGAGGCACAGAUUCUUUUUUGUGUAUGGGUUUGGUGGCACUGGAAAAACUUUUUUAUACAGGGAUUUGUCGGCUAGAUUGCGAUCUGAGAAAAGGAUUGUUAUAAACGUUGCUUCUAGUGGUAUUGCUUCUCUAUUGUUACCUGGUGGUAAGACGGCUCACUCUAUGUUCAAUAUUUCUGUUGAGCUGACUGAAGAUACUGUUUGUCGGAUUAAGAAGGAUAGUGCAAAAGCUGAGGUAGUCCGAUUGGCCGAUUUGAUUAUUUGGGAUGAGGCACCGAUGACUAACAAAUUGGUAUUUGAAGCACUCAAUAGGACGUUACGUGAUAUAAUGGUUUCGGUCUCUGAUAGGAAUAAAGAUUUACCUUUUGGUGGGAAGGUGGUUGUUCUCGGUGGUGAUUUCAAGCAGGUCUUGCCAGUUAUUCCUAAAGGUUCUCGUGCUGAGAUUGUCAUGGCUUCGAUAAAUUCUUCUGUCCUCUGGAAAUAUUGCGAAGUUUUGUGUUUGACGAAAAAUAUGAGGUUAACAAUAGGAUCAGAACUAUCAACUCCUCAGGAGCUAAAGUCAUUUUCAGAUUGGGUACUUCAAAUCGGUGAAGGUCGAUGUGGAACAGUGGUUAAUGAUAAAAUUUUUGUUGAUAUUCCUUCUGAUCUAAUCAUUCAUGUCUUGGAAAAUCCAGUGGAAGAUAUUGAUAGGGCAAUUUUGGCUCCAACUGUUGACAAUGUUGAAGAGAUAAACAAUUAUAUAGUUGACUUGUUGUCCGGGGAGGAGAAAAAUGAUCUCAGUGCUGAUUUGAUAUGUGGUAGUGAUGUCUAUUCUGAUGUUGAUGUUAAUUGGAUAAAUGUUGAAUUCUUGAAUCAGAUUAGGUGUUCUGGUCUACCUAAUCAUUCGUUGAAGUUGAAAAUAGGCGUGCCUAUUAUUUUGUUGAGGAAUAUUGAUCCAGCUGGGGGUUUGUGUAAUGGGACCCGACUUGUUGUGCGAGAUUUAGGGAGAAAUGUGAUCAGUGCGGAUAUUGUUUCUGGUAGCAAUGUUGGGGAUAAAGUUUUUAUCAGUAGAAUGAAUAUGAUUCCCAGUGAUACGGUUAUACCGUUUAAAUUCCAACGCCGUCAGUUUCCGAUUUUUUUGUCGUUUGCGAUGACAAUGCGAUGA